AUGGAUUUCUUUUAUUUACAAAAUUUUCAAUUUGUUGAAACGUUCUUUACAUCUUUUGUUAGCUUUGUUCAAACUGAUUCAGUCGUGGUCGCUUCACUUGAUAUGAAAUUAACGGCCUACAAUUGGUUUCGGAUGUUUGUAUUGGAAUUAUGUGAAAAUAUUCAAAUAGAAGAAUUGAAAAGGAAGCAAUUCGAUGGUCGUAAACUUCAUCGAUUGCUACAAAAACAACUGAAUUUGGUCUUUCACACAUUGAUUUUAACUGAACUAAAAGGAUUGAGAAUAUUAAGACAAACGUCGAUUCCUAGUGAAGAAUGCCGAAAUUCUUCCCUGCACAAUGCUGCUAUAGGUUGGUUUCUUGCAGCAGUGAAGAAACCAUUAACAACGACAGAUCACUUAUCAUCGACAGCUGCCAUUAAUCUCUGUAUGGAUCAAUGGUUAAUGUUUCUAUUUCGUUGUAUUCAUUUCUAUGAUCAUGUGCGAUUCGUAUGUGCAACAACUGAUUACAUUCAAGAAUUAUUGAACAUUUAUCAUAACAAUCAAUAUACGACUACUCGUUUACUUGUAUUGAAAAUCCUACGUGAUUUAGUGACACAAUUACCAGAGGAUAUGAAUGGCACGACGGGUCAUAUUAUUGAAAAACUCUUAACUGAAAUUUUGUUUAACAUUGGUGACAAUUCCAAUACACAACGAACAAUGAACACGAAUAAUGAAAUAGUCACUGAAUUCAUCUAUAUUUAUCGUACACUAAUGUCUCAAUAUUCACCGUGGCAAAGAAUGGCAACAGAGCUGGUCAUCAAUGCUGUCAAAUCGAGUUUAAGCUUCGAGUUGAAGUCGUUGGAAUCUGUUGAAAGAACACAAAUGAAUUUCUUUCUAGCAUCUUUAUCCAUCUUGGGUGGAUAUAUUCGACCGUAUUGUUUAGGAUCUGUCGUACAAAUCUAUGAUAACGAUAAGAGUAACAAUCCGUGGGAAUUAGGAGUCAUUAUCGAGAUUGAUGCAAGUGCCCUGGAGUCGGAUACACAUGAUGCCCUGCCCUAUUUUGUCCAAUCUGCAACAACAAAUAAAACCGAAUGGAUCAUGGCGAAUAAAUUAUACAUCGUAACUGAUGUUCUUCCAUCAAAUUUAAUGCUCUUGUCAACGGAUGAUCAACCACAAGCAGCCAUUCAUUAUAUUUUUGAUACAUUGAAUUAUUUUGCACAAAUUGAUACAUCAACAACAGAGUCGCUGAUGUUAUUACAAAUCAAACGUUGUUCCGUGGCAGCAUUCUAUUCAUUACUCAAUAACAAGCAAAUGGCCGAAAUUUUUGUGCAAAAACCUUAUGCAUCUAUCAUUACAAAUCUAUUUGUAUUGUCUCACGAUGUUGACUCAAUGAAUUUGAUGCAACUGCCUGAAUUACGACUUCUGAAUAUAUUACAUCUGGAACAAUAUAUUUUAAGUUUAGACAUGUGUGAACGAAUGAAAGGAAUAAAGGAGGCCGAGCAUGAAAUCCCAGGAAUUUGGAAUCAUGCGAAAAUCAAUCGUGAUCCUCUCAUCUUGAACGCUGUAUCUACGACCAUAUCAAAAUGCAAUGGAUGGAAACCGUACGUAUCUAAAAGCGAAAUGCAGUCAUUUCUAAAGGGCAGAAUAGGUAAUGAUGAAUUCAAUAUUGUCUCAUUACCACCCAAUCCUCAUCUACCAAAAUUGGAAGAGUGUGGUAACAAGCAUAAAUUCAAAGGAAAGAUUAAUAUUACUAAUAGCAACGAAGAUAUUUAUUUUCCAACCUUUGUUGUUGAGGAUCUACAGUUGAGUGAAGGCAAAUGGUAUUAUUGUGUUCGACUUCCGUUAGGUGGUAUGAUCACAGUCGGAUGGGCAACAACCGGAUUUAAUCCAAAUUCCAGUCGUGGAAUAGGUAUGGGAGAUGAUGAAUAUUCGUGGGGUUACACGGGGUUCAGCGGUAGAUGUUUGCACAAUAAUGAAAGUAAAUAUUUUCGUGGCGAAAUUCGUUGGAAUGAAAAUGACGUUUGUGGUUGUGGUAUUGAAAUUGACGGCCAAAGCACAACGAUUAAAUAUUGGUUGAACAAAGAAUUUCUAGGCAUUGGCUUUUCACAUACGUCAAAUAAAGAUAUUGAAUCAGCAUAUCAAGCUAACAUGUUACCUAAUGGACCUAGGACACACUAUUUUCCAAGCAUUAGUGUGCUAGUGUAUGGCAGCGCGACAAAUACAGGUGUCUGUGAAUUCAUAUUUAGUCCAGAAGAUAUGACUGAUUGUCCAUUACCGGAAGGUUACAAGCCGUUAUUGCUACCGAAAUUGAUCAAUAUCAAAAAUGUACUGGUUGCAUACCCUUACAGCGCGUAUCUCGUUGGUAAUAAUAUUCAAGAUUAUUUUCAUACAAUUCGAUGUUCACAACCUAAUGCAAUUAGUAAAAGAGGCUCUUUCCUACGUGAUUUUGCCAAUGAUCAUCAUCUAGAAGUUCCAUUCACUAUCGAUCAGAUCACAGAAGAUCAUCAUCUUUUAAAAUUAUCAGCCGACAGCAAUGGUUUGCCGCUUUCGAUCGAUAACCAUGAAUCGCUGACGAUUAGUUUCGAUUUUGAAAUAUUGACAGCAAAUCUGGUAGAAAAUAGUCAAGACGAGCUCGAUAUUACAUUAUUUGCAUUAGGAGAUGACACUUUUCCAAUUCGAAUAACAUUAUAUAAACUAAAUGAUGACUUUACUGAUGAAACUAUACCACAUCGAAAACGUAUUGCAAUCCUAUUUCAAGCGCAAGAACAAACGAAAAUUUACAUCAAUAACGAGUAUCGAACAUUGGGUUUCUGUCAUACAUUCGAUCCUGCAGCGAAGACGACACUGAACGUGAAUAUUUUACCACAUAUAGCCGCUGGAAUUAAAAAUCUAGGCAUAUGGAAAUAUGCUCUCUCAGAAGAACUCAUCCGACGUUUAUUCAUUUAUGGCCUUUCUUAUGUGACAGCCGAUUAUCAACGACUAAAAGAAUACCGUAGAGAAGCGAAUACAUUCACGUUCAUUCAAGAUCAACAAUAUUUUAUUAGCGAAUCACUUGUACCAUUCAAUCAACCAUUUGAAGCCAAUAGUUGGGAGAAGAAAAAAAAACAAACUGAUCAUGAUGAAUCAAUUUAUUUCAAGACAAUACCUAGAACUCAUCAAUCAGUAGUGCAACUGUUUGGAAACAAAACUUAUCUUGUUUUAGACACAUCGACUGACCUAUGGUCUCAAUAUACACUGGUUCUCGAUAUUUCUAUACCCAAUUUUCCCAUGAAGAAUCAUUCAUCUGGAUCUUCGAAUAAUGAACCACAGUUAACAUUGGUAACGUUGGACACACAAUCAGAAAUUUAUAUUACACCCGAUGGUCAUCUAUGUCUUUCCGGAGGAAAAAAGAGUGUAUCAACGUUGAAAUUGAAUGAAUAUAUUCGUUUGGUUAUUUCUGUUCAACGAACAUGUCUAAAAAUUCAUGUAAACGGAUCAUUAGAACUCAACGUACCAAUCACAGAUGAUCAAUUUAAAGUCAAAUUUGGACGCAUUGAUCUAUUCAGAGAAGUCAAUUUGACUAAGAACACGACUGCUGAAGAUAAACUUCGAAUAGAAUGUAAAUCGAUCACAUUUUUGAAUAAAUCAAUAAGCACUUCUCCAUCAUUCGUGACACAACUGAUCAAAUCAACUGAAUGUUCAUUGGACAAACUGGUUUCUCCACCUUUUUCUAUAGUAUUGCCAAGUCUAAUGGCUAUUGGAUACAAAGAAGAAUGGAUAAAAUUUGUUAUUAAAUACUACCAUACAACGAAUUUUCAUUUGAUUGAUACUAGUAUACGCAAACAACAUCACAUGCUGUUAAAGGCCUAUCAUGGAGAGCAACGACAACAUAAAAUCGAUAUUUUGUCACGAUUAACUCCGUACAUUGAUAAAACAAAAUCAGAGGAUCUAGUAAUGCUUUUAAAAUCCGACAAUGACGAACAGAUAACUGCCAUUGAUAACAUAGUAGCAGUGAAAGAUGAUGAAGAUGACAUGGUCUUAGAAAAACAAUGGUAUCACGAAUCUAUUCGUGGCUUAGAAAAAGCUCCAGAGAAUUCGCAUAUCUUUCGUCGUCUGGGAAAUUCUGGUCGAGAAUUUGUGGAAGGAAUCUUUAAAAGAGAUGAGCGUUUACUGGAGUUUCAAGGAGUGAGACACGAUGUUAGUGCUGAAGGUCUCAUUGGUGAAGAUCAAUAUCGACUAACUGUAAGCGAAGAUAGACAAUCAUUUGAAGGUGUAACGUGUGGUAAUGAACAAUUGUGGGAUAAUAUUAUUCGAGGCAAAACAGAAGAAGCCACCAGGCGAGAAAUAAUUGAAGAAAAUAUCGAACUUUAUCAUCGGAACAUUAAUAGUCAAGUCAUUUAUUCCUUUGUUAUUGUUGCUAUUAAUCGAUUUAUUUCAAUUGUUUAUUAUCGUAAACAUUUUUUUAAGUCAUCAAAAUGGAUAUUUCUUUCUAUUACUUUGCAAUGGAUUUUUGGAUUUUUAGUACCCGUGCCACAAAUAUAUCAAAAUCAUCUUGUUUGUCGCGGGGCAAAUCGUGGUAUAUUUAUAAAUAGUUAUACAUUCAUAACACUUGUUUUAUGCCCAUUGAUACUUAUGUGUUCAAGUAAUAUAAGUGUUUUCAUGUUGGCUGUACGAUCCCGUGCUCGAAUAAAUACAAAUCAAAAUCAAAUUGAAACUAUGAGUAGAGUUUGA